AUGUCUGCUGUGCAGCCUGUCGCAGUUUAUGCCCUCCGGGUUCCUCCCGGGGCCAUGAUUCCCGCCGUGCCCAAUGCGGCCGCUUCGUUCCGUGUGAGCAUGGCUGCGAUUGACCCCGACGAGGCUCCCGAGUAUGAGGACGAUGCCGAGUCGAGCAAGCCUUCGCGCGCAACUCUGAAGAUCGUUCGUCCCCCUCCGGGUCUGGAUCUCGAUGAGUCCGAUGAGGACUACAGUGAUGAGGACGAUGAUGAGGACUCCGAGGACGACGAGGAGGUCAAUGGUGGUCCUAGCGAUAAGGAGAAGGCCCGCAAACUGAAGGCGGCCGCCGCCAAGAAGGACCUGGAAGACGCGAUGGAAGACGACGAUGAGGAGGACGAUGACGAUGAUGAAGGGUUUGACUUGAAGGCUGCCAUCUCCAAGCUCAUUAAGGGCAAGGCUCCCGCUACUGACGAUGACGAGGACGAUGAGUCCGAGGAGGGUCUUGAUCUGGAUGAGAAUGUCAUCUGUACCUUGAACCCUGAGAAGCACUACCAGCAGCCUCUGGAUAUUACUGUCUGCGAGGGUGAGCGUGUCUUCUUCAAGGUCACCGGCAAUCACACUGUUUUCCUCACUGGUAACUACGUCAUUGGUGUCGAUGAGGGUCGCCCUCCUUUCGACGAGGAUGAGGAAGAUGAUGAAGAGGGCGACUACGAUCUGUCGCCCGACGAGGAUGAGCUGGACAUGGACGAUAUCAUGGCCAUGGAGGACGACGAGAGCGAUGAUCUGGAUGGAAUGGAUGACCCCCGAAUCACCGAGGUUUCUAGCGACGAGGAGGCUGACGCCCCCAAGCUCGUUGAGGCUAAGGGUAAAGGCAAGAACAAGCGCGCCGCGGAUGAGGAGCUCAGCCUCGAUGACCUGAUGGCCAAGAGCAAGGAUGCCAAGGCCGCCAAGGGUGAGGAGCCGACCUUGACCAAGGCCCAGCAGAAGAAGCUCAAGAAGAACAAUGGUGACGCGGCCGCCCCGGAGCCCAAGAAGGAGGCCAAGACCGACAAGAAGGUCCAGUUCGCCAAGAACCUGGAGCAGGGCCCCACGCCGUCCGGUGACAAGCCCACGGGCAGCCUGGGCGUCAAGGAGGUCAAGGGCGUGAAGAUUGACGACAAGAAGCUCGGCAAGGGCGUUGCCGCCAAGAGCGGCAACAACGUCGCCAUGCGCUACAUCGGCAAGCUCGAGGACGGCAAGGUCUUCGAUGCCAACAAGAAGGGCAAGCCCUUCUCCUUCAAGCUCGGCAAGGGUGAGGUCAUCAAGGGCUGGGACAUCGGUGUCGCCGGUAUGGCUGUCGGUGGCGAGCGCCGCAUCACGAUCCCUGCCAACCUCGCCUAUGGCAAGAAGGCGCUGCCCGGCAUCCCCGCCAACUCCAAGCUGAUCUUCGACGUGAAGCUGCUGGAAAUCAAAUAG